CUCCCAAGAGCUUGCUUGAGCGAUUCCGACUUUUUGGGACAGGAAGAGCGCCUUUCCCGGAAUCUCAAUGCCCAUGGAGAAUGGUAUUACGGCCUUACGCUUGUGGAAAACUGCGUCAAGUGCGUCAGAUUUUCGAGAUGCGAUCGAUGCGCACUAUCAGGCGUGCAUCGUAGCCAUGGAGAGAGCUGGCAAAAAAGAAUUGGUAAAGCUCGACAAUUUUUGGCGGAAAACCUUUCCCGCAACACUUCAAAGACGCCAGUCUGAAAACAAAGGAAAUGAUUGCUGGAUAACGAAAGAAGAACUUGUUCAAACCAUGCAAUGGAAGCUUGCACGGGGAAAGAUGCGGCCGUUGAUGAACCUGGUCAGGGGAAACGACUCUGGUACCGUGGAACGCAUCAGCCGUUCAGCCCUGAUAGCGGCACAAAAAGGUGACAUUUCAAACGCGGUGACGAUUUUCUCUGGGGCAGAACUCAAAGGCGUUGGGCCGGCGACCGCUUCGGCUCUUCUAGCGGCCUAUCGCCCCGACUUAUUUCCCUUCAUGGCGGACGAGCCAACCAUGCUUGUUUUGGACGAAAGUGGCCAGAAUGGGAAGCUGAAAUACAACCUAGCUGAGUACUUGGUCUUUCAAAGGGCAAUUAUUGGAAAAUGUCGCGAGAUUAAUGUACCCGGGGAAAAGGCAAAGUCAGGAACUGCAAGGCCUUUGGAUGCUGAAGAAGUCGGACGAGCGUUGUGGUGUCUUAACCGUGCGGAGGCUUUAGGAUUAUUAUCCCAAG